UGACCAUCCACCCAAUGUAUCUAUCUACCUACUAGUGCCUAAGGGUUCUACUGAGUAUCUAAUCUAUUGCUCCUCAGCUCGCUAUUGCCUUACUUCAAAUCUAACCAAAUGCCUCCUAGCACUGUAGUAAGCAAACAAGAGAAUGUCUUUCUAUUUAUCCCAAACCUUAUUGGGUAUACCCGAAUCAUAUUCGCCGUCGCAUCCCUCCACUACAUGCCUUACCACCCACGGACCUGCUCCCUGCUGUACAGCAUCUCGUGCCUCCUCGAUGCCCUCGACGGUGCAGCCGCACGGCGUCUAAACCAGUCAAGCCGGUUCGGCGCUGUACUAGAUAUGGUCACUGACCGUUGUACAACCACCUGCCUCCUCGUAUUUCUAGCGAGCGCGUUCCCAAAAUGGAGCAUACUCUUCCAAACCCUAAUUAGCCUCGACUAUUCCAGUCAUUAUAUUCACAUGUAUGCCACUCUGGCUAUGGGUGGGAAUAAGAGCCACAAGGAUGUUAGCGAAGAGUGGCCUUGGGCUUUGAGGGUUUAUUAUUCGAGUUCUAAUGUCCUUUUCACUGUCUGUACGCUCAACGAGCUGUGCUUUAUCGCACUUUAUCUUUUAUCAUUCUCAUCGGAUCUUAGCCCACCAUUAGAGGGCUGGUCCUCGCCCUGGGGCGCGGGAGCAAUGGAGAUGAUUCGGGCGAAAAAAAUCAACCAUUACUGGCCCCAGGUUCUCUUUUGCGCUUCCUUCCCGUUCAUGCUCUACAAGCAAUAUGUCAACGUGGUUCAGUUUGUUCAGGCUAGCAAGCAGAUUGCUCAGGGCGACCUUGAGGAGAGACGCCGAAGUAAAUCCUCGCAAAGGAGACGGGAGGAGUAAUUUGUUGGAUUAAAGGGAGUUGGAAGUAUCGUUUACAAAGCGCGAUUCGUUUAUCAAGCAGCAGACUAAAUGAUUGACAAGUUUCACUUAGGCGGGCAGUUUUCCCUGCGUGGGGCCCACGGUUGUGGCGCCGAAUCUUGAUAUCUCAGGAAACGAUAAACUGAGAUUGUGGUCUGAAAACAAGUCUCAUCGCAAGUCGAGUUAGUUAAUCUUCUCUUCUCGUCUAGCAUAUUAUAUACAGUACAUUUUGUUCGUCCUUGAGAACCAAGGAGUAUCAUUAGCAACUAGGUCACCCUAAAAGGCCC